AUGAAUACAUCCAUUGUAUCGGAUGACUUUUCCCUGGAGCCAGAGCUUCGAGGGCGUUGUUACACUUGGCCUAUGCCACAUGUAAUUUCACCUAUUAAUGAAAUGGAUCCUGAAAUUGAUGAUUGCCCAUCAUCAAUUACAAGUUCCGUAACCUAUCUUCAUCAUCAAACACCAGAUACACCAAUGACAGGAUAUAAUUUAUCUGGUGAUAUGAUAAGUAAUUAUGGUAGUAAUCAUAGUAUAGCAACAUCAUGUUCAAUUCACAAUGGUAGUUCUAAUUCAAUUGAUGGUAUUAAUACUAACCUAAAUAUUGGAAAUAAUAAUCAACAUACAACACUCUCAGAACACCAUCAAAUGCCAAUGAAGAAAAAAAGAAUUAGAAAAAGGAAUCCUGAUGCUGUAUCACAAAAAAAACCUAAUCCAUGGGGUGAAGAAAGUUACUCUGAUCUUAUUGCAAAAGCAUUAGAAUGUGCUCCAGAGAAAAGAAUGAAAUUGAAUGAAAUAUAUCAAUGGUUCUCGGAAAAUAUACCUUAUUUUAAUGAUAGAUCUUCACAGGAAGAAGCUGCCGGAUGGAAGAAUUCAAUAAGACAUAAUUUAUCUCUUCACAAUCGUUUUAUGCGUAUUCAAAAUGAAGGUGCAGGAAAAUCUUCAUGGUGGGUAAUUAAUCCUGAUGCCAAGAAUGGAAGAAGUCAACGCAGGCAACGUGAUAGAAGUAAUACUAUUGAUACUUCUAAAUCAGCCAUUGAUAAGAAAAGACGUGGAGCUAAAAAGAAGACUGAGCAUUUAAAUGUUAUGGGUCUACGAACAUCUGUUCAAAGUGGAUUGAAUAAUUCUAUAUAUGGUUCAAAUACACCAAGUUUGUCUCAUGAAACUUUCAAUCAGGAUCAAGAUGAUUUAAUGAGUGCCAAUACAUUUGAUUCUUUCACUGGUUUUCGUCAACGUGCCGAAUCUAAUUUAAGUGUCCAGGGAAAUGUUAAUGGAGUAUCUCCGACAUUAGAUGCAUUUGAUGAAUAUGAUACUUAUCCGUGUUAUGAUAUGUCCUCAGCCAACAAUGGAUCUCAAGUUGGUGAUAUUCUUGAUCGUACAAAUCAAAUGCAAUUAGGUGAUGGUGGUAUGGAUCCAAAUGGAUAUCGUAUGAAUAUGGGUACUGGGAUGAUAAAUAAUCCAAUGAAAUCUAUUAAAGAAAUUAUUAAACCCGGUGAUAUGGCACCCCAGCCACCUCCAUCAUACCAUGAAUUAAAUAGUGUACGUAAUGGUACAUCAAUACAACAAUCCCCACUGUUACGUACUCAAUUAAAUGGACCAAUGGAUAAAAAUUCACCAUCUUCAAUUCAACCUAAUGGAAAUAAUCCAAUGUCACCUAAUGGAGGUUAUUAUAAUCCAUCAUAUAGUGGUCAAAUGGUUCAUCAACAAAUGUGGAUGUCAUCACCAAUGGCACAACCACCACCAGCACAUUUACAAGGACACAUUAUGCAACAUAAUACUAUGAAUCAACUUUCUCACCAUCAAAUGCAGCAAAUGAAUCAGAUGCAGGGAAAUAAUAUGUUAAGUUGUGGAGCUCAAUCUGGUAAUGAGUUGCCACAAGAUCUUCAAAAUUUAAAUAUGAUUGAAACAACUCAAAUGACGGAAAUGGAUUUUGAGUCAUUAAUGCGCCAUGAAAUUUCUAUAAAUAGUAAUGCUCCAAUCAACUUUGAUCUGUAG